AUGGCUUGUAAGGCGUUACUGUUAAUCUUUGUACUCACAUUUCUGUUGGUGAUUGGAAUAGAAGGGAGGAUAGUUCGGGUUUCAAAAAGUAAAGAUGGUGAUAGCGACGAUCUUUUGCAACGCUUAGGAUACAAUGUUUCUGAACUAAAGCGUCUUGGAGAGAUUUCAACGCGAAAUGGAAUAAAUAGGUUUUCUCCAGGAGGGCCAGACCCUCAACAUCACUCUUAUCAUUUGUCUUCAAAGCCUUAA